GCUGUUUUCCUAAUUAGAUCAUGGUAAGUCGAUAAGCAAAGCUGAAAUGAGUCUCCAUAUUUGGAGAUGAUCUAUGAGCGUGUUUUUUGUCACUAAGGGUACUUCUUCUUUUGGUAAGAGACACACAAAGACGCACACCAUCUGCAGAAGAUGCGGUCGUCGUGCCUUCCACAUUCAGAAGAGCCGCUGCGGUUCUUGCGGAUAUCCUGAUGCUAAGAUGCGUCACUACAACUGGGCUCUGAAGAGUUCUCGUCGCCGAGGUCAGGGAACCGGUCGCAUGAGCUACCUGAAGACUAUGACUCGCCGUUUCAAGAACGGAUUCAGAGAGGGAACCGAAGCUGUUGCUCGCAAGAACUAAAUUGGUUUGUUACCGAAAGCAGCAUUAUGGAUUGUUUGUUA